UGCAUGUGCACCGUGAGUUUUCGCGGUAAAAAUUUUUAUGGGACCCCAAAGAUAAGGCUCAUCAUAACAAAAUGAAGAGAGAGGACGCAUGGAAGGAAAUGAGUGCAAAAAUGCAGCAGCCUGUCAAUAUUUUAAAAUCAAAAAUGAAAACAUUGAUGGGUUCCUACAGGAGCGAGAGGUCAAGGGAGAACAAAAGCAGACUCUCUGGGUCCGGUAACGAGGAUGUAUAUAACUCUAAAUGGUUCGCUUACAAAUAUUUCGAUUUCUUAUCCGAUAAAGACAACCCAAGAGAAACUAUGGAUACAGAAGUACUAGAGAGUUCUGAAGAACAACUGGAAGUGCAAGUUUCUACAGAGACAACUUCAGUCAGCCCUGCAGCUACAACAUCUGUUGCCACAGAGCAGCAAGGAGUCACAAAACACUACUUUCCGUGCUCCUGGUAG